AUGCAAUUUAAACAAGAACAUAAUAGUGAUCAAGCAACAUUAUCUGAUGAUGCAAUUACACAAAAAGUUUGUCAUUUAUUGGGUAUUUCUGUAACACAUUUUGUACGAUCAUUUUUAAAAUCAAAACUUAAAGUUGGAAGAGAUUUUUUUUACCAAAUUGAUUAUGCUAUUGAAAUUAUAUCAAAAAUAAUAUAUGAACAUUCAUCAUUUAUUGGUAUACUUGAUAUAGCUAGUUUUGAAAUUUAUCAAUUAAAUUCAUUUGAACUAUUAUAUAUAAUUUAUACAAAUGAAAAGUUUCAACAAUUAUUUAAUCAUAGUAUAAUUUUUGAUCUUCAACCAACAAUUGAUCUUAUUGAAAAACAAAUCGGUACUUUAAAUUUAUUAGAUGAAGAAUGUUGGUUUCCAAAAGCAACCGAUCAAACAUAUGUCGGUAAAUUAAUAAAUUUACAUGUUCAACUUCCAAAAUUUGAUUAA